AUGAGCAGCAUGACCCCACCGAGACUCCUGCAAUUGGCACAGAAGAGCCUGCUGGGUAAUGAGGCCUUGGCCAUCCUUAGUCUGGACCAGCUUCCCAGAGAGAUGUUCCCUGUGCUCUUUGUGGAGGCCUUCAACAGUUGGCUCUUGGACAUCCUGAAGGCCAUGGUGAGGGUCUGGCCCUUUGAAGUCCUCCCGCUGGGCGCCCUCAUGAAGAAUCCUCAAGUGGACAUCCUGAAAGCUGUGUUGGAUGGACUCGAUAUGAAGUACACCCAGAAGUCUGACUGCAGGAGAGGGAAGCUGCACGUGCUGGAUUUACGGGAUGAUGGUCUGAAUUUCUGGAAUGUGUGGGCCAAAAGCAUGGAUGAUGCCUGCUCUUCAGAGCCUAAUAUGAGGAGACAGCCAGUGGAGCACAAGGGACCCAAGUCAGCCUUGAUGGUCAUAGCCAAUGUCUCCCUCACUGCAACCACCCCUGAUGCGUUCCUCACCCACCUGCUUCAGUGGGUGAAGGAGAGAGCCAGCCUGGUGCACCUGUGCUGUCACAAGCUGAAGAUCUUGGCGAAUCUCAUCUGCAGCAUGAGCCAUAUGCUGGAAAGUCUGGAGUUUGGUUGCAUCGAGGAGUUGGAAGUGUGCUGUGACUGGCAACCCUCUGGCCUGGCCAAGUUUGCUCCCUACCUGGGCCGGAUGAGCAGCCUUCACAAAUUGAGUCUUGUUAACUUAAGCGGUUCAUUGCUGGUUACAAUAGAGGAAAUGAUGGAGUCACUCUUUCAGUUCGCCUCCCAGUUUGCCAAGCUGCCUCACCUUCGCAGCCUUCAUAUUCGCUCCCUUUACUUUGUGUAUAACCACUUGGAUCAACUGCUCAGGUGCCUGAAGAGCCCCCUGGAGGACUUCUCUGUAACAGCCUGCCUGCUCUCAGAAGCUGAUAUCAACUAUCUGUCCCAGUGCCCAUGCCUCAGCGAGAUCAAAUAUCUGGCCCUGCGCGUUGUCAAACUGACCCACAUCAGCCCUGAGCCCCUCCGAGUUCUGCUGGAGAGAGUGGCACCCACCCUCAUGACCCUGGACUUGAUGGGCUGUGAGAUCACCGAUUCCCAGCUUAACGCCAUCCUGCCUGCCCUGAGCCACUGCUACCAGCUCACCAGCUUAAGCUUUUAUGGGAACAGACUCUCCAUGGCUAUGAUGGAGAAGCUUGUGGAGCACACAGGCAACCUCAGUGCGCUGAUAUAUGAGCUGUACCCAGCUCCCCUGGAGAGCUAUGACACCCAGGGCAUUGCCCAUGGAGGGAGAUUUUCCCAUCUCUGUACAGAGCUGAUGGGCAUCCUGGAAAGGAUAAGAGAGCCUAAGCAGGUUUUGUUUAGCACUGACCCCUGCUGGAAGUGCGCAGAACGGAUGGUGUUUGGCCUAAACCACCCUAAUCAGUGCCACUGCUACCAGCUGGACUAA